AUGCCAAGAGCACUCACGCAACCCACGGAAACAGGUAAAGCAGUAACCGAUGCCUGGCGGCAUCCUGUUAUGGUCGGAGCCGCGAAGAAGGCGAAAUUCCUUUUGCUCGUCGGCUCGUUUUCCGUUUAUGGGCGCACAAACAUUUUACCGGCCACUCGAUAGCCGGUAAUACAAACAUGGAGCGCCGAAGAUGGAAAUGACUGCGAAUGCAAGCAUUUGCCGAGUCUUGACUUGAAGCAUGAACAUUCUUGCGACACCUACGUUGUCAGAAACUAAGGAAAAAAAGUUGUGAAAAGUAUAACGUUAACCUUCAAAUUUUGAGAGCUUGUUUUUCCUCUUAAUUAGACGUUGAAAAGAACCAUGAAAAAAAUAGUCGGAAACGACAUAUUCCGCGAACAACAAACUAUAAAUUCAAUUUGAAAACUGGAGAAAAUCUCGAAAAAUUAGAAACUUAUAAAUUGAUAUGGUUUCGCAGAAAUGGCAGUGAACACGCGCAGCAGUACUCCACGACCUACACCGAAUGAAAAAGUCACCAACAAUACUCAACAAGAAAGAUUUGAGCAGUUGGACUUCCCUGAGUUCCCACCUCGUCCAUCAAGCGAAAUCGGUAGGUUCAUCAAUUUGGUUUUUCUCUAAUUUCCAUUUUAUUCAUUCGAAACUUUCCAGAUGUUCAAUAUGCCGAUGAUUCCGCCUCCAUCGCGACUUCUGCCGAAGACGACUCGGCGUUUGACCUGGAGAUAACUGUCGUUGAUGAAGAUCCUUUUGGAGCAGGUUUUUUUUCGAGUGAGGAUGUAUUCCAUUGAAGCUUUUUUCAGAAACGGCUGCCGAAGCUGUCACUAUUGAUGCCAAUAUCCUGAAUGAUCGCAUAUACAAAAGUACUAUGGCAAGAGUGGUAAGAAAUUUUAGCCACCUUAUCUAAAAAAAUCUCUACAAAAUGAACUUCUGAUUGAAAAUAAUUUAUAUAAUUUUUCAGGGCAAUAUUCUCAUUGCAAACCUUUCCUCGACAAGUAUCGUUGGAAAUGUUCAUGAAUCGAAUCUCAAGGUCUUCGGCAACGUCAAGGAGUUAGUCAUUGUUAAACCUUUCAAUUUCAACAAUUUAAUUUUCAGAAUUGAAGUCAAGUAUCAACUGAAAGUCCUGAGACAAGAAAUCAACGAAAUGUUGAAAAAAUCACCUGUAUCCACUCCAGCCGCACCCCCACGAACCGCAAUAGAUGUCAGAGAGGCGAUAAAUUUGAACGUUUUUGGAUGUUUUUAGGUGGUAAAGUUUGAACUCAACUCUCCAGCCAAUAUGCCGACGUCAUUCCUUGAGGUGAGCGAAUAGAAAAAAUGCAAGACAUUUUUUUAUGAGUUUUUCUGAAGAUCUGAUUUGUAAGAAAAAUUGUGAAAGAUCGCUAAGUUUAAAUUAUCUUAUUUCUAGUGAAAGAAAUCAGGUUUUAUUUAAUCAGAUAUGAAAAAUGUCAAUUUCUUUCGUCUGGUCCUUCCAAACCAGCAGUAAUUUGGGUGUUAGGCUUGUUCGCCUGACGAAUUUCGGUACCAAGUCUCAUUUCAUGAUUGCAGGCAGUCGUCGAAGGCUUACAAGCUGAACUCGACGACGAAAUCAUCGCUCAUCUCUCACCUUUCGCCCUGGACGACCAUGUGUCCGACAACAAAUUGAGGCUCAAAGUAGCCGUUAAAAACUCCAAUAUUCAAAUUGUGGUUCGAAAUUACAUUCAACUCCUUAGAAAAAAAAACUUUUUUACAGGACCGAAAGAAAAAGAAACCGCUACGUGUGCGAAUCAGAGACUGUAUAAUAGAGCAGGACGAAGACUGA